ACCCUGGCAUUGACGUCAUGACAAUGACUGGGGAGAAGAGAAAGCUUCUAUUGUGGUCCACGGAGGCAAAUAUUGUGAUUGAUAGGAGGUUCUCCAGUUUUCCACCAGUAUUGACUAACUGUAUCGAAUAUGAAUCACUUAUUGUUUUUCUAUAAUAGAGCGGUUAUACCGAGUUCCUUUACUGUUCUGUGAAAGGAGUUAAACCAUCAUGGAGUUUUCAUGAAGGCCAACAUAGACGGUGGAUUUAAUAGGCCGAUAGCGAAACGAGUCAAGAUUUUUGAAGGCUUGAACCUUAAAAUCUACAUCAGUAAUAAUAGUUAUAUUUAUGUUCAAGCUGGAACUUAAAAUGGCCAGCCAACAAACAUCCAGUCUCACUCUCGCAUGGGAGAAAUACAUGGACUCUCGUGCACAUGGAGCAGAUCUACGUGUCAGUCUGCAGUCUUUGGAGAAAUUUUUGAUUUUGUUCCACUCUAUGCACCACCUCAGGGAGUCUGGGAUGAAGGAUGCACUGAAAUUCUGCUCAGACAUGAGUGGCGCCAGUAACACACUGGCUAGGGAAUUUCUGACUGAUGUUCACCAGCUGUGUAGUGUGGUGGCUCAGCUUUCAGAGACAAACAGGAAGCAGGAAGAAGAGGAGAGUCACAUGGUGGCUCUUGGAGAGUACCUGGUCCAAGGCCGUGGCUUCCUGUUGCUAAGCACUCUGGACGCUGUCCUAGAUCAGGAACUGACGUGUCGGGAAGAGCUGCUUACACUUUUGUUAUCAUUGCUACCACUAGUGUGGAAGAUUCCUAUUCAGGAAGGAAAGCUCCCUGAUUUCACCCUGCCUUCACUUAUGGAAGGGCACCCUGUUCGAGAAGAAAAAGCUGCAACUCUGAAUGUGGGAAAGCAUAAAACUUUUUGUGAUGCACAGAACAUUGGAAAGCACCACUCUCACAGUUGGAAGUCCCGACAUAUACGAAGGACUGCUCAGAGAUAUUCAGUGAGUGAUGUGCACAAAUCCCAGAUCUCCACAUCUGAUUCUGAAUCUAAUUCAGAUGAAAAAUCAGCAAAUACAUGUCCCAAACAUCACAGGUCUUCUGGUUCGUCCAGUCAUUCUAGACUCCAGCAUCAUCAGUUAGUAGUGCUUCUGCAGCAGUCACUGCAGUAUCCUUAUGUGGAUGGCAUGAGCAGUUUUAGUGGAUCCAGGCCUUAUAUAAGGCAUUUUGAAUCACUGCUGCCUGAUACUAAAAUACUAACUGAUUCUACACCCUUUUCUAUUUUGAGUGCUGUUGCAAAUACACCGUUUGACCUAUGUCACGUUUUAUUGUCCUUACUGGAGAAAAUCUGCAAACUUGACAUGACUAUCAAUCACAACCAAUGCUUAACUGUUAGUGUUGUUCCAAAACUCACUGAAAUUCUAACAGAGUUUUAUGACUGUGGGCCAGAAGGGGGAAGUGGUCAAGAAGGGGUUGAUGAAGUAGCUGCAGGCUGGGCUGAGGAGCCAGUUGCCCUUGUUCAGAGAAUGUUAUUGCGCACCACCCUGCAUUUAAUGUCUAUAAAUUUAGGUCAGAAUGAGGUACUACCUAAUAGUCUGCGGCAAAGCUUAAGAGAUCUGCUCAUAGCCAUCUUGAAGAUUCGCACCUGCCUUGAUAAGCAAGCCUUCAAGGCACGAGGGAAUCUAUUUGCUCCUCGAACCAAAACAAAUCUACAAGAGAUACAAGAAGACAUUUCUUUUUCUAGUUAUCAUCACCAAGCUCUGCUGCUGUCAGAACUCAUUGAGGGUGUCCUUCAGUUUUUGCUUGGCUGCUUAGAAGCCUCUGCCCCAAAUCCUUUCUUUUUCAGCCAGGCCCUAGAAUUAAUUCAUGAGUUUGUGCAGCACCAUGGCCUUGAAAUGUUUGAGGAAACUUGCCUUCAUCUCGAAGCCCUUGGUAAUACUUGUGAUUCUUCAGUGAGUGCUGAGGUUUUGGAACGAUUGCAUGGCAUUAUUUCUGGUGUCCUUAAGAUAAUCAGUGUAGUGAAAAGGGCCAAAUCAGAACAAAUUCACCAGUCAUCAUGUGAGCGACGUUGUCACAAACGCUGUGAGUAUUCUCAAUUGCUGCACCAUCACUGUGACAUCUCAGGGCUGCCUGUAAUUGCCUUCAAGCAGGCAAAUGAGGGUAAUGACUUACAAGUGUACUACCCUGAACGUUGUUGCAUUCUGGCUGUCUGUGCUCACCAAUGUCUGCGACUACUCCAACGUCUCUCUCCCUCUGGUCCUGCCAUGCUGCAGAUUCUGACGGGUGUGCAAGCUGUUGGUAUUUGUUGCUGUAUGGAACCACUUUCUGUGGUGGCUCCACUGCUUCAAGUAUUUCAAGCCCCAAGUCUGUGCAGCUAUCAGUCCUUUAUUCUCAAUGUACUUAGUAGGUUUGUACUGGAACAGCUAGGAGGAGAACAAUCUUCAGUUAAAGCCGCAAUAACUUCUUGCACUAUCUGUAUGGACAACUGCCAGAAACUUGAUAUUGAAAAGACUUUGUACAAAAAGGAGAUAGCCUCAUCCUCUUCUCCCUGUUCUUCCCUUCAAUCACAAGUUGUUCUUCCUAGUAGAGGGUCUGAAGAUAUGUACUGGAAAUGGGAUGCUUUAAAAGCUUACCAGGAUGUAGUCUUCGGUAAAGAUUGGCAGUGGAGUAAACAGAUUUCCAGUCAUGUAUGCCAACUGAUCUUAAGGGGAAAUGCAGUAAUACAAUGGAAAUUGUACACUUAUGUUUUUUAUCCUAUGCUUCAGAGAGGUGUGGAGUUAGCCCACCAUGCUCAAAAACUAGGUGUGUCCAAGACAUGCAGUCAAGUUUGUAGUUAUCACACUCACUGCCUCCCUGUGGAAGUGCUGCUUAUGUAUCUUCAAGUGCUGCCCUGCUUACUCAAGUCAAGCACAGUGGUGCGUGACUUAUUCAUAAGCAGUACUGGGCUGAAUCAGAUGACUGAAUUGAUCUAUCUGGACUCCACUAGGCCUUGGGCACUUAAGGUGUUUGAGACAUUGAUUUUAAAUGGCUUUGACCAUCAGACAGAUCUUGCCCUGCAUGGACUGUGUAGUGCAGAAGACGAAGAGUCUCAAGUGAAAGGUGUUGGUCCACAGAGUUUUAGUAAAUUCUAUGAGGAUUUGAAAGAGGCAUGUCUGAAUAGCAAAUGCAGUAUUAGUGCUGGAAUCAAAUGGAACCAUGGAGGUGCAUAUUUGAACAUUAUUAAUCUUUUUUUGUGUAUGGCCUUCUUAUGUAUAAGCAAAGAAGCUGACUGUGAUAGGGACUCUUCAAAUGACAUUGAAGGUGCCUCAGACAAUGUCAAUACAGCCAGCGAAACCCUGGGUGGGGGGUUAUCUUUCCUCUUACCAGAUAGAGUGGCAUUGUCAUCAAAGGAGCACUUAAGGCGAGCAGCAGAUGUAUGGUCUGUAUGCCAUCGGGUGUAUUUGGUGAGCCCAGUGUUCCAGAAACAGCUCUUCAGGUUAGGUGGCUUGAAAGUCUGCUAUCAUCUCAUGACUAUGGCCCUUCAGAUACUUACCUUGAAAAUCAAAGAAGACAAGUCUAAGAAAAAGAGUGACAGCAAGGGCAAAAUAAGCCCACACUUGGUGGAUGGAACACAUGAAACACAACAGCUAGAUCGUAAUCAUUCAGUGAAUCCUGGUCAUAUGGAGGCAACAGUUCCAGCACAGAAGCUGGAAGAAGAGUGGCUUCUACAGGGUUUACAUUUACUGGAAGCGCUUUUAUCCAUCUGUCUUCACAACUCCAAGUCUGUGCUCCAGAAACCUGAAUAUAACAUCUCGUUCCAGUCUGUAGAGGAUAUCCUGUGUGAGGUGAAGGAUCAGCUGUCAAUCUCUGAUGUGGUAAACUCUGACUUGGCUGUUCCCCUGUUUGACAGCCUGUUGCGUGUUGCACUGGCUCAGGUGUCUGCUCCAGUCUUUGAUAUUGAGGAGAAACCUGAAAGGCAUCAAGCCGGUUGUGAGGUCCCAGCUCCAGCUGGAGAUUUGUCUGACGAAGCAGAUGAAGUUCAGGUGUGUGAAGUUCAAGCGUUGGGAGAGGAGAAAGGCUACGAGGCUGAUAGUGAAAGCAACCCUGAGGAUUCUGUGUUGCUAGAGGAAGGUGUGAAGAUGGAAGUGUUGGACCCAUUAGAUAAAUAUUUGUUUGAAUCUGCUGCCAUGGCACAUGGCUCUGGACAAGCCUUUUUGCUUUUUCCACAAAUAUGCCUUAUGGAGCUGCAGCUGCUGGCCAGUAGUUCUCCAGAUCCAGAUGUGCUAAGUCACAUAUUGCAAAGUAUUCUGGCAACUGUGAAGAUGCAUCAUUCCAAUGCUGAAAUUAUUUACCAACAGGGUGGAGUAAAAACUAUUCUGACAGGCUUUGCAAACAUUCUCACUCAGUCAGAUUCCUGCUAUAAAGAUUGCCAUACCCUACUGGUGGAGCUGCUGGUUUCAAUGGUGAAAGACAGGAUAACAGCAGAAGAAGUGUCUUUGUUAAUACAUCUCUUCCUGGAGAAGACUCCACCUACUGAGAUUCUGCUGAAUGGCAUUCUAAAGAUGGUGGAGGCUAACACAGAAAUGGAGCCACUACAUUACUUGUCUUUUCCCAUGUCCCUUUACACCAGUGACCACAACACUGGCACAAAUUCCGCAGUUGGACCAGUGGGUACUGUCUGGGGGGUCAAACUGGGUGCAUGUGAGGAUGAGAGUCAUCUCACUCAUUUUGAGGCUUCUCCUUGGCACAUUGCUCCUCUCCAUUUGCCUCUACUUGGACAGAACUGCUGGCCACAUAUGGCCAGUGGCUUUAGUGCCUCGCUUUGGGUAAGAUUUGUGAAGAACAACGGUGAGAAGCCUACAGACAGAGCUCAGGUUAUGCCGGGAGUUGGAGAAAAUAACCUCCUCCAUGUUCUUUCUGUUGGCUCCAAAGCCCUAAUGCUGCAAGUGUGGGCUGAUGUUUCUACUGGAGCCUGCUUAUUCAGGAUCUGUAUUGAUCCUAAUGAUGAAAUGAAGGCUGGUCUCCUGGCCCAGGCAGAAUCUUUGCAUGGUGUGUUGAGUGCAGGCCAUUGGCAGCACCUUGCGCUUACUUACACAGAGCAGCCUGAGGGCAAAAAGAACAUCCAUGGUUGCUUGGCACUUUGGGUUUGUGGCAUCAAAAAAUGUGAGGUCUACCUGGACUACACCCUUCCCAGGAAAUCCAGUCUAUCAUCUGAUAGUAACAAGACCUUCUGCAUGCUGGGCCAUUACCUCAACAACACAAAAGAGUUGCCACAACCCUUCACAUCCCAUUUGGAUAUGGGCAGUGUGCUUCUUUUUAAUGGUGCCAGAAUAAACACUGGUGAGGCAUUUUAUCUAUAUACAAAUGGCCCUGACCUUACCUCCAUUAUGCCAUGCAAGUAUGGAAAGCCUAGUGGGACAUUCUCCAAUUAUAUUACUCAGGAAGUGCUUCAGUGUGAGCCACUUCGGGAGCUGCUGAUGGGAAAUUCUGAAAUAGACACUUCAUUUAUCAUUGAGAGCCUAGCUGUUGUCUACUCUCCCAGCAGUCCCUCCAUCUACACUAUCUAUGAGCCAGUGAUUCGACUAAAAGGUCAGGUUAAGGCUCCUGUAGCAUUCCAGAGGCCCUUCAGUCUUAAAGAAUUGCAGAGCUCUGUGCUCGAUCCUCAGUCGCUCAGGGAUUUGCAGGCUUUGCAGCCCCUUGGACUCCACAGCUGUCUCCAUAAGAUCGGUGGCACUGGUGCUUUCAUCUAUCUCUUUGCUCGGGUAGUGGAGCUAAAUGAUUGCGAGAAGACACAGGCAUUGGCACUGCAGGUUUUGCUGUCACUGGUUAAGCACAAUCAGCAUCGCAUACAUGAGAUGGAGUGUUGCCAUGGCUACUCCAUGAUCCACCAAGUCCUCAUGAAUACCAAAUGCAUUGUGGGAUAUCAUAUUCUUAAGACUCUGUUGGAGGGUUGCUGCAGUGGCUCUAUCCUGUUAGUAAAGGAGGAUGGUCAGUGGCAUAUGGACACAGACUCUACUGCUGUGGUGCAAGACCUGAGGCUGCUCUCAGAAAUACUACUGGAUUGGAAGAUAUGGGCCAAAGCUCAGAGUGGAGUAUGGGAGACUCUUUUGGGUGCUUUAGAAAUUCUUAUCAGAGAGCACCAUCCUCAGCAGGCAUUCAAUAUUCAGCAGCUGCUCAAAGCCCAAGUGGUACAGCGCUUCCUGCUCAGCUGCCAAGUGCUCCAGGAGAAUCAGGAUGAGCACUUUACCUCUGUUCCACAGGGAGUGUGCCUGUCCUUCAUUAAAAUCAUUCAGGAAGUACUCGGUUCGCCCCCUGAUCUGGACCUGCUGUGUUUGCUCUACAACUUUCUUCUGGCUGUUCACCCACCUACAAACACAUAUGUGUGCCACACACCAUCCAGCUUUUACUUCUUUCUACAUAUUGAUGGUAAACUGUACCAGGAGAAGGUCCAGUCCAUGUUGUGUCUGCGUCAGCACAGUAGUGAAGGGAAGUCCACCUGUAGUUCUGUGUUCUCACUCUCACCAGCUCCAUUUAAUGAGAUAAAAGCUGAUGAUCCUGACGGUGACAUUUUGUUUCACACACCAAACAUCUUUACUCCUUCUCCCUAUUCUUCUUCGGACCACACCGGCUGUAUGGGGCAGGAUGUUUCUAGCAAAGCUUUCCCUAGGCCUUGUGAAUUAGACAAGGCUCCCUCCCUGAAUGUGCAGCAUGUAUUUGACAGCACAGUAAUACUGAAAGGUGGAGAGGGGCAGGUCCUAAACAGCCAUGAGUCAGCCAAGACAAUCUGUGAAUCUCUGGAUGUAGUUGAUGAUGUACAUCAUACUGUCUCCAUUAGCAUGGGAGGAGAAAAGGAAGCUCAAACAGAGGAAGGCAGUGUCAGCACUGACUUGGUUGGAGAAGAGGCUCUGCAAAGGCCUGACAGUCUAAAAGGCAUCCAGUCUUUUCAAAGGAGCCACAGUGACCUUGCAAGCCUGGGUCUGGCCUUUCCCGGACAAAACGUUUCUAUGGUUGUUGGUCGAUGGCCCAGCAUAACUGAUCGCACCACCCCAAAUGAUGAUGUGGAGAGUUACACCUACUCUCCUGGCUAUGACCAAACACACAACAAGACCAGUGACAGGUCUGGUACAGAGGACUUUGUGGUUUUAAUCUGCUGUGGACUUUAUGAUCUGCUGAGAGGUGUACUGCUACUGCUGCCAGACCUCAUGCUGGAGCAGGUGAUGGAUAAAAUGAUCCAGCCUGAAGCCCUUGUUGUCUUGGUUAACCAUCCAUCCCCUCUCAUUCAACAAGGGGUCCUAAAGCUGCUGGAUGCAUAUUUUAGUCGAGCUCAAAAGGAAGAGAAAGAGAAAUUCAUAAGGAACCAUGGCUUUUCUCUGCUGGCCAACCAGUUGUAUCUGCACCAGGGCACUCAGGGUGUGUUAGAGUGUUUGCUGGGGAUGUUGUUUGGCCGAACUGUAAGCUUAGAGGAGGAUCUUGACCUGGAAGACAUGGAAGGUGUUUCUCCAUUCAGAAAGCGAUCUGUGGUGCCCAUAUUGGGGCUUUUGGAAAACUCUUUGUAUGAAAACUCACUGGUCCACAAUGCCUUACGUGUUCUCCUGCAGCUGCUGAAUGCUUGCCCAAAACUGGCUGAUAUACUGCUGGACCAUGGCCUCCUCUAUGUACUCAUCAACACCUUGUCCACACUCAAUGGCCUAGAGAAUGGGAUUCCUCAAAAUGACUAUAGACUUCUUGUAUGUGACAUACAGCAGCUGCUAGUGGCAGUGACCAUCCAUGCUUGCAGCUCAUCUGGCUCCCAAUACUUUCGCAUUAUUGAGGAUCUUAUCACCUUGCUGGGUUUUAUGCAGGGCAGCAAAGUAUAUCGCACCCAAGAAAUGGCUAGGGCUUUGCAGUUCCAUAUACUCCUAUCAGCCAUUAACUUCAUUAAGACAACGGCCAAUCAGGACUCUCGGAAGUUGAGUGCCUCUGUCCACACUUCUGCCCCUCUGCAGCUCACUGUUCAUCAGAAGUGCAAGAGCAUUACAGGCCAGCAGAAAUUCUCCUUAGUACAAUCAGAUUCACUGCUGAUGCGGAUGCGCUCUGUGGCUAAUGAUGAGCUUACCCAAAUGAUGCAACGGCGAAUGAGUCAGGAAAACCCAAUCAGAGCAAGUGAGAGCGAGUUUAUUCAGAGACUGCAGAGACUUGUAGUGCUGGCUGUCAACAGAAUAAUAUACUAUGACAACAGAAAGGAUUUCCUUGACCUAAACUUUCCAGAAUCUCCCGAUCACACAGUGAGCACAUCCUUAAAUGCUGAGCAAAUAUCAGAGGAAAAUAACCUCACACAUCCUGUUCCUUUCCCACUUGUUGAUAUGAGAUGUUUCCAGAAAGAUCUUCUCAAGCUCAUGAUGGAGGGCCUAAAAAUCGGGCUUGGCGUUACCGGACAAAGUGGAGCUCCAAGACAGCAAUGGUGUCGCAUUCUCUGGUCCUGCAGGGACACUUUCCGGAUACAAAUUGGUCGGCUGCUGGUGCACACACUUAGUCCUGCUCUUCCUCUCGAGGACAGGAAGAAAGCACUAGAGUUUGUGCAUGAGAAAUAUCAUUCUGACAUCCUCAGAGAAAGCCUCAGUCCUGGACUUGAGCAUGGACCCAAGCUGGCUCUCUACCUGUAUGAGAUGCUUCAUGACCACAAAGAUAGCAUCAGUAAGGAAGAACAGGCAGCUGCAAAUACCUUCAUGACAGCGCUAAAGCUGUGUGGCCAUCGCUGCAUCCCUCCAACUGCACCACCCAAACCAGACCUAGACAAGGCAAUCAGAGAGGAGCAACUCAAAUAUGAAUCAGAGACAAAAACAAGCAAAGGUGCAUGGGAGAAAAAACUGGCCAGUGCCCAAAAGAUUCUAAUGCAAAGACUGGAUGGCAAAUCAAAGGACAUUUCCAAAAUUGCAACAGACAUCACUCAGAACAUGUCUCUUAGACAAGGCAUAGAAAGGAAGAAGGUCAUUCAGCACAUCCGAAGCCUUUACAAGACUGACCUGAGUGGCAGUCGCCAUUGGCAAGAGCUGGUGCUGCAACUCACCCAUGAUCGGGCGGUGUGGUAUGAUCAGUUCUCUUAUCCAACAUCGUGGCAGCUGGAUCCGACCGAGGGCCCCAACAGGGAGCGCAGACGCCUGCAGCGAUGUUAUCUCACCAUCCCUAAUAAAUAUCUUCUCAAGGACCGCUGUAAACCAGAGGACCCUAUCAAGGCCCCACUUUCUUACCUCUUUGAAGAAAGGUCCCGCUCAUCUUAUUUUUCCACAGUGAAGGAUAAAGCCACUAGUGAGCCAAUCAGAUUCACAAGGAAGUGCAUGAAUGUAGCACCCUCCAGAGAAACUGCAGGAGAAUUGUUGCUGGGGAAAUCAGGGAUGUACUUUGUGGAAGACAAUGCAUUUGAGGCCAGUUAUAGCCAGCAGAUUCCUCUGGGAGAGAUGGAGUCUGCAUCUUUCUGCUGGACUUAUGAGGAGAUAAAGGAAGUACACAAACGCUGGUGGCAACUUAGAGACAAUGCUGUAGAGAUCUUCCUCUCUAAUGGCCGAACUCUGCUUCUGGCAUUUGAUAAUACAAAGGUUCGUGAUUAUCUCUACCACAGCAUCCUCACUUCUGAGCUGCCCAACCUGCUAGAAUAUGAUAAUAUAAAUGCCCUCACACACUUGUGGGGCACCAGCCAGAUCACCAAUUUUGAGUAUCUCACCCAUCUCAAUAAGCAUGCAGGGCGCUCUUUUAAUGACUUAAUGCAGUAUCCUGUCUUCCCCUUCAUCCUGAGUGACUACACUAGUGAGGUGUUGGACCUGCUGGACCCAACCAUUUACAGAAACCUGAGCAAACCUAUUGCAGUGCAGUCAAAAGAGAAAGAGGACCGAUACGUAGCCAACUACAGGUAUUUGGAGGAUGAAUAUAAGAAGGGUGCACGUGAGGAUGACCCCAUGCCCCCCGUACAACCAUACCACUAUGGUUCCCACUACUCCAACAGUGGGACCGUGUUGCAUUUCCUAGUCCGCAUGCCUCCCUUCACCAAAAUGUUUCUGGCUUAUCAAGACCAGAGCUUUGAUAUUCCCGACCGGACCUUUCACUCCAUGAAGACCACAUGGAGACUGUCCUCUUAUGAGUCCAUGACUGAUGUUAAGGAAUUGAUCCCAGAGUUUUUUUAUCUGCCAGAAUUUCUGGUGAACAGAGAAGGUUUUGACUUUGGAAUUCGUCAGAAUAGUGAGAGAGUGAACCAUGUGAAUCUGCCUCCAUGGGCCAGGAAUGACCCACGACUCUUCGUGCUGAUCCACAGACAGGCUCUUGAGUCUGAGCAGGUGUCUCAGAUGCUCUGCCAGUGGAUAGACCUAGUGUUUGGAAUGAAGCAGAAGGGCAAGGCUGCUAUCCAGGCCAUCAAUGUGUUUCACCCUGCGACAUAUUUUGGAAUGGACGUUUCAGCAGUGGAGGAUCCUGUACAGCGGCGGGCCCUAGAGACCAUGAUCAAGACCUAUGGCCAGACCCCCAGACAGCUGUUCCAAACCCCACACAUUAACCGAGCUGGACAUAAACUCAUAAUUGAGGGAGAGUUGCCUGCUGCCAUGGGCCUACUGGUACAGCUGGCGUUUAGAGAGAGCCGUGAUCCGAACAAGGAUAUUGUCCACCCGAGUCCUUUACCAUGGAUUAAGGGCUUAAAAUGGGGUGAGUAUGUGGGCUCACCUAGUGCUCCUGACCCUGUGGUGUGUUUCAGCCAGCCACACGGAGAGUGCUUUGGCUCACUGUUGGCACUGCCUACCCGAGCCAUCUGUGGCCUCUCCUGCAAGUUCUGCCUAAUGAUGAUCUACAGCAAGGAGCAGGGUGUGAGAAGUAUGCAUAGCACAGAUAUCCAGUGGUCCGCUAUUCUCAGCUGGGGCUACUGUGACAAUACACUGCGACUCAAGAGCAAGCAAAGUGAGCCACCCAUCAAUUAUAUCCAGUGUUCUCCGCUCCAUCAGGUAACAAGUUGUGCCUGGGUGUCUGAUGGUUGUCAGCUGUUUACAGGCAGUAAAUGUGGAGUCAUCACUGCCUACAGCAACCGCUUUGUGGCUUCUGAGAUGGAAGUUGAGUCUCAGGUUCACUUGUAUGGACAUACUGACGAGGUCACAUGUCUUUUUGUCUGCAAACCAUACAGUAUCCUGAUCAGUGUCAGCCAAGAUGGAACAGGCAUCAUAUGGGAUCUCAAUCGCCUGUGCUAUGUGCAGAGUCUCACCGGCCACAAAAGUCCUGUGAAUGCUGUGUCAGCAAGUGAGACAACAGGAGACAUUGCGACUGUCUGUGACUCAGUGGGUGGAGGAAGUGAUUUGCGACUAUGGACAGUAAAUGGUGAUCUGAUUGGUCAUGUCCACUGCCGAGAGAACAUAUGCUCUGUUGCAUUUUCCAACCAGCCAGAGGGGGUCUCAGUUAAUGUGAUUGCAGGAGGUCUACAUAAUGGAGUUGUGAGGCUGUGGAGCACAUGGGACCUGAAGCCAGUGCGAGAAAUAACCUUUCCAAAGUCCAACAAGCCUAUAUUAAGUCUUACUUUCUCAUGUGAUGGACACCACCUGUACACAACGAACACUGAGGGCUUGGUGAUUGCUUGGUGUCGACGGGAUCAGCAGCGCAUGAAGCUUCCUAUGUUUUACUCAUUCUUGAGCACCUAUGCUGCAGGCUGAAAGAGUGGUGACUACACCCAUUUACUGCUCUACAACCUCCAAAACCUCUGGAAACUCUUCACAUUCUUAGAAUGAAAUGAGGCCUGCAUGAACCAUAUUAAAAGACCUGUGCCUCAAGGCAUGAGAAUCCCCGCUUCGGAUAGGGCAUGUGUCCUAAAAGUAAAUGCACUGUAAAAAGAGUGCUGUGUAUUUUUGAAGAUUUAUUUAUUUUUUUCCAUUUAUUUUUUUCCCUCAUGUUCCUUCUUCAUGCUUUGUUUUUUCUUCUACAUGUGUCAUGUAACACAUCUUUUAUUUUACUGGUUUAGUUUUUGGUUGUUGCAGUUGUAUUUGUAGUUUAUUUUUUCUUUUCUUUUUUUAACCACUCCAUGUUAUACAUAUUUGAUUGUCUUUUAUUUUGUGGUUUGACACUGCUUACAAAUCUGGAUCUUUCUGAAAACCCAAAACCCAUUUCCUUUAAAGCUAAUAUAAGCAUAUUUUUCCUAAUGCUCAUGUAUUCGCCCAUUUAUACCAGCAGCUUUGGACUGUAAAUGUCUAGUUAGUGUCUGAGUAUGUUAGCAUACAGAAUUAAUUAUUUUGCUCUUAUGUUGCAGCAAAGUUGAGUGCAUGUGAUGGUAUUAAUUAAGAAUACUGGAGGUGGUAAUCAAGAAAUAUUCCACCUUUCAAAAAAAAAAAUAUUGAAUUCAAAACUGCCAUUUGUGUAGUUUUCUUAAGUCUUAUUGUGACAGCUAGAUGUAGCACUGAAAUACCAGUCAAGGAAAUAAGUAGUCUGUCCCAUUCACUAAUUGCAUCAAGAGUCCAUUUUGGAAAUCAUAUAAUAGCCACGGGGGGCACGGUGGCUUAGUGGUUAGCACGUUCACCUCACACCUCCAGGGUCGGGGUUCGAUUCCCGCCUCCACCUUGUGUGUGUGGAGUUUGCAUGUUCUCCCCGUGCCUCGGGGGUUUCCUCCGGGUACUCCGGUUUCCUCCCCCGGUCCAAAGACAUGCAUGGUAGGUUGAUUGGCAUCUCUGGAAAAUUCUCCCUAGUGUGUGAUUGUGUGAGUGAAUGAGUGUGUGCGCCCUGCGAUGGGUUGGCACUCCGUCCAGGGUGUAUCCUGCCUUGAUGCCCAAUGACGCCUGAGAUAGGCACAGGCUCCCCGUGAUCCAAGGUAGAUCGGAUAAGCGGUAGAAGAUGAAUGAAUAUAAUAGCCACACUGUUAAACCUUAUGUGUUUUGAUAGUGUGAAAAUAACAGUAAUUUGAUUAAAAUAGAUGAUCAUUUAA